AUGCGAUCAUUCAUUAAGUCUCAUAGGAAGUCUAACUCGCUGGAGAGUGACUCCGAUAUAGACUUCAAACAACUAAAACGGAAAAAUGCAUCCACGUCACAACUCUCGCCGCCUAGAUACAACACAGAUUACUACGACCCUGUGACAUCAUCUCCGAAGACGCCAACCCAUUCACAUACCACCAGCGAUUCGCUCCCGCAGAAACACUCGCCUGGGUUUGAAUCAUUGCAUAGGCUGUUCAACAAUAAGCUCUUCAAGAAAGCAUCUAACUCAAGCUUGAACUCGUACUUAGCUAACACUGAUAGUCAGUCCCGUAGAUCCUCAAAGGACCAAGACCCUCUAGCUCCAUCGUUUCAUGUGUUGAAGACAUCGUCAAACCCUGCGUCACAGGACUCAGAACUGCCAGUUAUAAAAGGUGUUAUAACACACACUUGGGGUAACCACUCGAAACAUAACGAUCCUCAUGUUAUAGUGCUGAAUGACCCAAAGACCAGUUUUGAGACGCUACGAUCUAGCGAUUUAGAACCACCACCCAGGUUAACUAGCAAAACAACAAGAAGCUCUGUAUCUUCUGAGAGAUCAUGGAGCACCAGAGAUCACUCCAUGUCACCGCCAUUAACUUCAAUAAAUCAAGACAUAGACAUACCCGAGGAUAUGGCGACGAGGAGUAAGAACACGCUGAUAAACAAGAAGAAGAUGGAAAAUAGACAAGCAAGAAUACAUUCUAAUGAUGACCUGAUUGCGAUGCGCAAGAAUAGCUCAGACACUCUCCCGCAAACUGCAGAAUUUUUUGCGAGUGAUAAAUUACCUGGAGAUAGUACUCCAAUUUUAGAGAUUCCUGAAUCUCCGCCACCAGUAAUCACUCUUGAAAAGUAUAACUCCAGUUUAAGUGACGCUAAAGAACUCUCUAGGAGUAAAAACGUAAGGUCAAACAGAACGUCAGUCGUAUCAAUGACACAAUCGGAGGAAUCUCGAUGGUCUAAUCAUUUGAUGGUAAACUCGAAUCAUAACCAAAAUAAAUUAAGAGAUAGUGAUGAUAGUGACUACUCCAACGCUAUUGAUGAAGAAGAUGACGAUGACGCUGACGAUGAUGAUGAGGCAUCGCAAUUUUCUUUCGAAUACAGCAACUUAAGUGGCCGCACUCCCUCUGUGAAAUACUAUUCGAAACCUGAACCAAAACAAAUGGUCUAUAUUGAUGACCUUUAUGAUGAUGAGGACUUUGAUGAGGAUAUGAAUUACUAUGAUGAAAAUGAGGUUUCUGAAUUUUUACAAGAAGAGAUGGCCAGUAAUAAGAAUAAUAUAAAUACUGAUACAUCUGUUCUGAAAGAUUUAUCGUCUCCUUCGAUCAAUGAUCAUUCUAAUGAGAAACCAAUAUACAAACCGACUAUUCAAAUGAGAGUAAACAAGCCCAAGGUUCAUCGAUAUAAUGAUUUGUUUGCAUUAUCUGAUGAGGACGAUCCGAGCUUUAAUGAUGAUGACGAAUUCGAUGAGGAUGAAGAGGAAGGUGGAGAUGACAAUGAUGAAGAAGAUGAGAUAGAUGAAGAGUACGAUCAAAAAGUUUCCGACGAAUGUGGGCAGAGUAUUGAACUCCAAUCUGAUGAUAUCCAUAGCGAUUAUGGUGUCGAGUACUAUAAUGAUUUUGGAGGAGACUUAAACUUGCAGAAUGAUGUCCAGAAACAUCACAUUAAUAAGGAGCAGCAAUAUAUUUCUGAUGAAGAAUUUGACGAUGCUAUUACAGAUUUUAAUAUGGCAAAACAUAUUAUUGAAGAAGAAGUGGUUUUGGACAAAGCAGAAGCUUUGAGGUAUCAAAAGGACGCUGAACCCGUACAAUCUAAGACAAGUGAAGAUGUAGUAAACUAUGUGGAUGAAGAUUCCAACUUACGUAUUAAUGAAAAGCUAGAAAAAGGAGAUGUUACAUAUCAAAAACCUACACUGUUGACAGAAGUUAAAAACAAGCAAUUUCAAAAGAAACCAGUUGCAUCAUUUGCUGAUAUUUUUAAUCUAGAAAGUGACUCGGAAGAAGAUAUUAAUAAUGAAGAUGGGUUGACAGGGUUAUCGGACGUGGGUCUAGACGAAGAUGAUGCUGUCUCUAGCCCGAUAUUACAAAGCCCCUUCGAGUCCCAAUCGUUGGCUGAAGGAUUAGUAUCACCUGUAAUAUGCACACCUGGGAAACCAAAUAUAAUUAAUAAACAAAUUAUUCCUACCAUCAAAUGUGAGCCUUCUUCCCCGCAAGAGAAAACAAUUGAAAAUAAUAAGUCUCAUACAGCCUCAAAUUUCAAGGAAUACGGACUGAAUCACCCGCUUCCUCCUCCUGCAAGAUCUCAAGCUUUGAAAUUUCAUGAUUUAAACUCAGAACUAGACUCGGAAUUACCAGCGCUAAUGAGCAACCUUUAUUUCAUUGAUGAAACUGAGGAGGAUGCUUAUAAUGAAUUAAAUGAUGUAACAAGGGAUGAGGAUGAAUAUCUUGAUGAGAUUAACACAGUCCCAGAGGAUUUUAAUUUUUCGGAUACAGAAAAUGAUAACAAUGCGGCAAAGAGAAUGCUCAGAAGAUCGAAUAAAGGCAGUUUCAGAUCUACUUACAGUUUUACUGAUAAACCUCAAGGUGUAACUACGGAAUCUAGUCCUAUCAAGAAUAAAUUGGAGGUUAAUAACAAAACUGUUACUUUCUUUAGCAGCCCAGGAUGGUCUAAAUCUCCUGGAUCUGAGAUAGGAAUGCAAAGAUCUAAGUCACCAGUUAAACCUUCUUCUGGCUACCGUCCUUUUGGUCAAGGCUCUAAACAAUUUCCUAUAACACCUUCUCACGAACCAAAUUACUCGAUCGAAGAGGAUCGAAUAGCAUCUACGGAUGAAAUUCUAGAAAGUCGUACUCCACCCACCACGUACAUGGCACCUUCACCGGCCUUUAUUCCAAAUUACUCUUUGAGUCCAAUUCAAGAGGCGUCAUCAUCUGUUACAAAUUCUCCUAAAAGAUGA